CCCGCCCGCCCGCCCGCCCGCCCGCGUGAGGAUGGUGGCGGGGCGGCGCGCUCCCUCCCCUCCCCAGGGCUGCUGGGCGGUGCCCUCGUCCUCCGCCAGCCUCGCGGCGGCCCCGCUGCCCACAGAAGCGGCCCUUCCUUCGAUGGGAGCGACGCCGACGGCAACCCCGCCGCCGCCUCCGCCGCCGCCGCCGCCUCCUCCGCCCGCAGGCUUCAGCCCCGACGGGGUGCCGGAGGGCGGCCAGUGCUGCGGGGGCUGCUCCGGGGUGCGGCGCUCCAAGCUGCGCAACUUCAACUGGGAAGCCAUCCCGGCCGAGCGCGUCCUGGGCCGCCACAACAUCUGGACCGCGGCGGGGGCCCGGCGCGGCGGGGGCCUCCCUCUGGACCUCCGCCUGCUGGAAGAGCUCUUCGGGCAGCGGCCGGAGCCGUCCAGCGGAGCCCUGCGCGGGCAGCCCUCCGAGCAGGUCUCCCUGCUAGACUCCAAGAAAAUCCUCAACCUGGGCAUCUUCCUGAAGCAGCUGAAGAGGCCAGUCCAUGAGAUUGUGGCUGACAUCCGGGACGGAGCCGGGACCCUCUAUGGGGCGGAGAAGCUCCUGGAGCUCACCAAGCUGCUGCCUGACGCCCAGGAGGUCAGGAACUUGGUGGCCUUCCAGGGCAGCUGGAGUCGGCUCUCGGAGGCCGAGGUCUUCUCGCUGCUGCUCGUCCAAGUGCCCAGCUACGCCCGCCGCCUGGAGCUUUUGGUGCUGAAGGAGGAGUUUUCCCCCCGCCUCUGCUCACUGCAGUCUGCCCUCCGGAUCCUGACCGAAGCAGCGCGAGAGUUGCUGGGCUGUGAGGAGCUCCAUGACCUCCUCAGGCUGGUGCUGAAGGCCGGGAACCACAUGAACGAGGGCGGCUAUGCAGGCUCUGCCCUCGGCUUCCGCGUCUCCUCUCUGCUGAGGCUGCCAGACACCAAAACCAACCGGCCGGGCAUGGACCUCCUGCACUUUGUGGCCUUGGAGGUGGAGAGGAAGGACCCGGCUCUCCUGUCCUUCCCCAGCAAGCUGCAGCAUGUGGGGCCUGCUUCACGGAUCGUGACUCAGGAGGUGCUGGGCGAGCUGCAGAGGCUGGAGCAGCGCCUGCUGGGGGCCCAGGAGGCGCCGGGGGCCCUGGGGCUGGAGGCGCAGCUGGAGCCCUUCCUGCAGGCGGCCCUUGCGGAGCUGAGCGCCACCCAGGCCGCCCUGGAGGGGCUGAGCCGGGCCACCGCCGCGCUCUGCGACUUCUUCUGCGAGGAGCCCGAGGGCUUCAGCCUGCCGGCCUGCUGCGCGGUCUUCCAGGCCUUCGGGGAGCGCUUCCGGGCUGCCGCUCAGGAGAACCGGGCCCGGGAGGCAGCUGAGCGCCGGCGGCAGAGCCAGCAACGGGAGCGGCAGGAGAAGCAGAAGCGGCGCUCCAUCGCCUCGUGCUCGGCCCGGGAGCCCGGCCUGCGGGACGUGGAGCUGGACGCGCUGUUCCUCCGCAGCCCUCCGUCCGGACGACGCAGCCGGGCGCCGCUCCGGGGGCUUCAGCCGGCCGCAGGGAGCAGCCCCGCCCGGGCCAGAGAGCGAGCCCCCUUGCCCCUCAGUCGGCGCCAUACGCUCGCUGCGCUGCCCCCCUGCCUAGAGUCGUCGCCCCCCCCGGCGGAGCCUGCGCCUGCGCCUGCGCCUGCUCCCCCCGCCCCCCCCAGCUCUGCCCAGAAGGCCGGACUCUUUGGGCAGAGCCUCGAGGCCUUGCUGCUGCCCCCCCGCCCCCCCUCCGCCCCCCAGGGGCCUCCCUCGCCAGAGCCCCCCUGCGGCGCCCACCAGAAGGCCCCUGCCGAGAGCGCAGAGAAGCCGGCCUCCCCCAAGGAUGUCUCUGCCCUGGUGCGCUUCUUCCGCCGCCUGAGCUGGGGGGGGGACAGGCCUCCCCCCGGAGGGCCCUUCCUGGCCUAGAGGUGGGGGCGCGGCCUGCGGGAGGCCUGAGCCGGCAGUGCAGCAUUCCGGGGGGGGGGCUUUCCCUGCCCCACAUCCCUCCUGUCCGCCAGGGGCUCCUUGUGGGGCUGGUAGCUGCUGGCGGGGCUUCUAGUGUGCCCCCAAAGGAACUCUGUGUGGGCCUAGAGAGAGCGCUGGGUGCUGUUGCUCCCCCCCCCACCGCCGCCUGGGUUGUGCCAGGCGUUUUAACUUCCCUCCCCCCCCCCGUCCCAUUUUGGAAUUGUUCUGUUUUUUGGAUCUCAAUAAACCUGUGUGCAGCUGU